GUGAGUACGAGUAGGUUCUUUCCAAUAACCGUCAACUGUUGAUCAGUUCAUCUUUGAUUCUUCAUUAUUAUUUAUAAUAUAAACAUACUUAUAUACAUAUAUAUAUAUAUAUUUCCUUCUCCAAUCUCCAUUAACGUAAAACACAGAUUCUGAUUCUGCGCGUAACCUUCACGCACAUCCUUUCUCUUCCUUUUCGUUAUUCUUGAAUUCUCCCUUCUCUGAGAAGUACAGAACUUGUUUCCGAAACAAAAUCAUUAACGAGACCUCUUUCGAAUCAUAAUCCACUCUGGAAACCUUUAUUUUGUCUGAAAAGAACUUCUGAUUCGAAUAUUUCUCUCAUUAAUUAUUAUUAUUAUUAGACUCGAUUCUUGUAUAAAUCUCUUUAUUAUUGGUAUAUAUGGGUUAUUUUCUUUUAUAACACCAGAAACAAGAGGUUUAGCAAGAAGUCGAGAUCUAAAUUGAUCUCCACUGCUCUCUUCCCUUUCAGUUUCAAUUAAGUUGUAUUACUAAUUAAGUAAGUCUGACUGUUUUCUAUUUCUUCUUUUUCAAAAUUUGAAGCUACGAAAAAGAAAUCCGAAAUUAUAUGAUUUGAUUGAUGCAGAAACGUCUAGAGUCAAACCUGGUUUGGAUUAAGUUUAAUUGGAGCGAAAAGAGAGAGGGAGAGAGGGAGGUGAACGAUGGCAAGGUGUCGAGGAGGAGGAGGAGGAGGAGAGAAAGAGGAAGGAGAGAAGCCUGUAGGUUUGCUGAAACUUGCUCAAGCACUAUCGCUUUUGCUUGUCUUCGUGGGCGGCAUAGUAAUAGGAUUGACCACUAGCUCGCACAUCAACCACUACUUCAGUUCGCAAGUAGAAGUUUUAUUAAAGAACAACCAGGCUACCAUGUCUCGAUCAAACGAUUGCACGAUCGUUAAAGCAUGCAAUGACGAGAAGUUGGAUUGUAUGAGGAUGGAGGCGUUUGUACGGCCCAAGUAUCUGAACCACGAGAUGACGGAUGAGGAGCUUUUUUGGAGAGCUUCCAUGAUGCCCUAUAAGGAAGAGUACCCGUUCGACAGAUUGCCUAAGAUGUCUUUCAUGUUUCUGACAAGAGGGCCCUUGCCCAUGUUGCCUUUGUGGGAGAAGUUCUUCAAGGGCCAUGAGAAGCUUUUCUCAAUUUAUGUGCAUGCGCCUCCUGGGUUCUACCUUAAUGUCUCCCAAGACUCUCCCUUCUAUGGGAGGCAGAUCCCUAGCCAGAAUGUUGAAUGGGGAACUGCGACACUGACUGAUGCCGAGAAGCGACUUCUAGCCAAUGCUCUGCUGGACUUUUCAAACGAACGAUUUAUUCUUCUAUCUGAGAGCUGCAUCCCAGUCUACAAUUUUCCAACUGUCUACAAGUAUCUCAUUGAUUCUGCCCACAGUUUUGUUGAGUCAUAUGAUGAGCCCUCACGUUAUGGGCGUGGACGUUACAACCGCAAGAUGCUUCCAGAUAUUAACCUCUAUCAGUGGCGGAAAGGCUCUCAGUGGUUUGAAAUGGACCGCAGGGUGGCUAUCUACAUUGUCUCAGACACCAAGUACUACACUCUUUUCAGAAGAUAUUGCAGACCAGCUUGCUAUCCUGAUGAGCAUUACAUUCCGACUUUCUUAAACAUUUUCCACGGUUCCCUCUCUGCUAACCGGAGUGUGACAUGGGUCGAUUGGUCGAUGGGAGGACCUCAUCCGGCAAUGUAUGGGGCAGAGAACAUUACUGAAGAUUUUAUACAGUCAAUAAGGAAUAAUGGGACACAAUGUUUAUAUAAUGAAGAGCCAACCUCGUUAUGCUUCCUGUUUGCUCGAAAAUUUGCCCCAAGUGCAUUGGCUCCAUUGCUCAACUUGAGCUCAUCAGUAAUGGAGUUUUGAGAAACUGAUUUUGCGGGGAUUACAUCUCUUCUCAAAAGAGACAUAGCGACUUUUUCUUUAUUUCUUUUUCCCCCCAUAGUCGUCCAAUUUUGAUCUUCUGCUAACACAAAUGUAUAGGUAGUGUUGUGUAGGGAGUUCAGGUUAUUGAUAGUCUGAGAAUGUUCACUCACUGCAGAGAAAAUCUAUAGGAGGAGGUUUAUAGCAUUUUUUCCCUUUUGACAAAAAGGAUAGAAAGCAUUGAUGUUGAUAAUUUAUGUAUUAAUGGAUAUUUAAAAGCUAAAUUACGUCCAGAAUUCUUCAA